AUGAAUAAGGAAGUGUGCCAAAAAUUCGAGAAUGUAUGGGGUGCUUUCCCCGAUAAAUUAGACAAAGAUAAAUAUUAUAAAUUUGAAAAUAAUAAUAUAUUAAAUAGUUAUUGUGAUAAUGAUCAAUGUGAAGAUGAUAUCAAAAAAAUUAGUGCUGGAUUUUUUUAUUUGCUUAGUGGAUUUUUUGGGGAUCCUAAUUCGUUUAACUUUGAUGAAAAAAGUAAUAACGAUAUUUUUUAUUACAUUAUGAUAUGGUUAAGUUAUAUGUUAAACCUAAAAAAAAAUGACUUAAACAACAGUCUACAAUAUUUUUAUGAUAUAGAUAUAUCAAAUCAAAAUAAGUAUAAAAAUCCUAUAGUUGGUUUUACGGAGUAUAAUAAUUAUAUAGAUCUUUUAGAUAAAAAAAAAAUUGUGAAUAUGGAUAUUAAAGAUAUAUCUAAAUUUUAUGCUCCAUUUAAAUCAUUAUGUACCAUGUAUAAUGAAUUUAAUGAUAGAACGUCAGAUUGCAAAAAUUGUUCGAACAAUGCUAAAGAAUUUGUUAACAAAUAUAAUGAACUUAAUGAAGAUCAUAGUAUUACUGGAAAUGUUUCAUAUAGUCAAAUAUUGUGUACUUUAUCAACUGAUUAUAAUAAUUUAAAAAGUAAAUGUAGCAAUAGUUCAUCCUUUCCAGAGAUAAAAACACCAACAAAUUGUGUAAAAAGAUUCAAACAAAGUUCUCAACUAAUUUCUGCACAAAAUUCUGAAGAUAUAUCAAGUUCGUCAAUAGGAAACAAAUUGUUUACAGUUUUAUCGAUAUUUGGUGCAAUAGCAUUUCUUUUAGGAAUUUCUUAUAAGUAUUCGUUAUUUGGAUUUCGGAAACGAUUUCAAAAACAAAAACUAAGAGAAAAAAUAAAAAAUAUAAAGAAGAAAAUGAAUCGUUAA